UAUCCGCUGCCGACGGAAAGAGAAACGACCGACGGACCGGGCCGGGCCCGGACCGCCGCUGCUGGGUUUCUGGGGAAGGUGCUCAGGAGAGGCUGGGGAUCGGCCGGGCCUAUGGAGCCCCCGCCCGCCAAGCGCAGGUGCGGCGCCUCCGGGGAGCAACCCGAGCCGGGACCGGGACCAGGCGCCGCUGCCGCCGCCGCCGCCACCAUCUCCUCCUCGCCCCCUUCCGCCUCCAUCUCCACCGCCGUGGAGACGCUUCUGGACCUGAGCGCCCGGCGGGUGGCCGAGACUUGGGCCUUCGAGCAGGUGGAAGAUCGUUUCUCCCGUGUCCCAGAACCUGUGCAGAAGCGUAUCGUGUUCUGGUCCUUCCCACGGAGUGAGCGAGAGAUAUGCAUGUAUUCAUCCCUUGGCUAUCACCCCCCAGAGGGUGAGCGAGACUCACGUGUACCCUUUAACCGUGGCUUGAAUUUGCUGCAGUCAGGGGCUGUGGAUCGUGUCCUUCAAGUAGGUUUCCAUCUGAGUGGCAUUGUGACAGAGCCGGCAGGCCCCAGUGAACCUGAACACAGUUACCAUGUCUCCAUCAGCUUUGACCGCUGCAAGAUCACAUCAGUGAGCUGCGCCUGUGACAACCGCGACAUCUUCUACUGUGCCCAUGUCGUGGCACUGUCCCUGCAUCGCAUCCGGCAUGCCCGCCAGGUGGAAUUACGACUGCCCAUCUCUGAGACCUUGUCACAAAUGAACCGGGACCAGCUGCAGAAAUUUGUGCAGUACCUGAUCAGUGCCCACCACACAGAGGUGCUUCCGACAGCUCAAAGGCUUGCCGAUGAGAUCCUGCUGCUUGGCUCUGAGAUUAAUCGUGUGCACGGUGCUCCAGACCCCACAGCUGGUGCUGGCAUUGAAGAUGCAAACUGCUGGCACCUGGAUGAGGAGCAGAUCCAAGAACAAGUCAAGCAGUUGCUCUCAAACGGUGGUUAUUACGGGGCAAGCAAGCAACUGCAGUCCAUGUUCAAUAAGGUGCGGGAAAUGCUGAGAAUGCGGGAUUCCAAUGGGGCACGAAUGCUCAUCCUGAUGACAGAGCAGUUCCUGCAAGAUCCGCGCCUGGCACUGUGGCGGCAGCAAGGAGCGGGCAUGACUGACAAGUGCCGGCAGCUCUGGGAUGAACUAGGUGAGUGUUUACCUUUCAUUAGGGGAGUGGCCUGCAUAAGAGAAUGGACAUCAGCAAAACUCUGGAAGCUGGUGCAGAGCUCAGCUUAUUUUAAGGCAGGUUUCUUGUCCUCAUGGCUACAGAGAGAAGAGCUGCUGAACAAAGGCACAACUAACAUCACCAACCUGGAAGGAUGGGUAGGGCACCCCCUGGACCCCAUUGGCUGCCUCUGCCAUACCUUUCUGGAGGCCUCCCGGAUGGACGACGAGGGGCUGGCCCUGUACCCAGACGCUGCGGCAGAGCCCAAGAAGGCCCUUUACCAGCAUGUUCCCGUGCCCUCGAGUCCUAGCGAGUCGUACUUCACCCUGGCCCUGGAGGUGGCGCUGCUGGGGCUGGGGCAGCAGAGGUCUAUGCCGGAGGGGCUGUACGCUCAGGACAAGGUGGUGCGCAGCGAGGAGCAGCUGAUUGGGCUCCUGGACGAGAUGGAGCUGGACGAUAGGCUGGUCUCCGUGCUCCGCAAGCAAGCAGCCCUGCUGCUGGAUGGGGGCCCUUUCAGCGGAUUUGGGGAGGUCGUGUUCCGUGAGAGCGUUCCCAUGCACACUUUUGCCCGCUACCUCUUCACUGCUAUGCUGCCCUAUGACCCUGAGCUGGCCUACCGCUUGGCGCUGCGGGCCAUGAGGCUGCCAGUGUUGGAGACGGUAUUGCCAGCGAGUGACAUCCUACACCAGAAUCCCCUGGACUCCAUGUUGGCCAAUCGCUUCCCCCGCUGGUUUACCCUGGGGCACCUAGAAACCCGGCAGUGUGAACUUGCGUCUGCCAUGCUCACUGCUGCUAAAGGCGACCCCAAUUGGCUGCGCAUGGUCCUGGGCUCCAUCCAGCAAAAUAUUCAUUCUCCAGCCCUGCUGUUCAAACUGGCCCAAGAUGCCUGCAAGACUGCGACACCAGCCAACACUCCUCCAGACACCACCUUGCUUAACAUCUCCCUGGAGCUCGGGCUGCAGGUGAUGCGAAUGACGCUCAACACCAUGACCUGGCGUCGCAGAGAAAUGGUUCGCUGGCUCGUCAGCUGUGCCACGGAGAUAGGUGUCCAGGCCCUGAUGAACAUCAUGCAGAACUGGUACACACUCUUCACACCCAUUGAGGCCACGACCAUCGUGGCAGUGACAGGCACAACACACGCCACGCUGCUGCGGCUGAGCCUGAGCGCCGGGCAGCGGGACGAGCUGUGCAGCUGCGCCCGGACACUGGCCCUGCAGUGCGCCAUGAAGGACCCACAGAACUGUGCCUUGCCAGCUCUGACGCUCUGUGAGAAGAACCACGCCGCCUUCGAGGCAGCCUACCAGAUUGUGCUAGACUCGGCAGCCUCCGCAGGCAUGGGCCACUCCCACCUCUUCACUGUGGCCCGGUACAUGGAGCACCGCGGGCUGCCGAUACGCGCCUACAAGCUGGCCACCCUGGCCUUCUCCCACCUCAACAUCGCCUUCAACCAGGACACCCACCCCGCCCUCAACGACGUCCUCUGGGCCUGCUCCCUCAGCCAGUCCCUGGGGAAGAACGAGCUGGCCGCCAUUGUCCCUCUCAUCAUCAAGAGCGUGCAGUGCGCCCCCAUGCUGUCUGAUAUCUUGCAUCGCUGGAGCCUCCCUACUCCAGGCCUUGCCUCGCUGGGUGGGGGGCGCCGAGGUGCAGGGGGCACCGGGGCUGGAGGGAAGCUGUUUGCUAUGGACAAGGCCCCGCUCUGCCAGCUCCUGGAAGCGGCCAUGGCUGCCUACAUCAGCACCACCCAUUCGCGCCUCACCCACAUCAGUCCCCGGCACUACGGCGAAUUCAUUGAGUUCUUGGGAAAAGCCCGCGAGACCUUCCUGAUGGCACAUGAAGGGCACGUGCGCUUCAGCCAGUUCCUUGACAACCUCAAACAGACCUACAAGGGCAAGAAGAAACUGAUGUUGCUUGUGCGGGAGCGCUUUGGCUAGGGGGCACUUUGGGGAGGGACUGCUUUGGCUAAGGGGGGAAGGACAGCCAGCGGGACAUCUCUCCCCUUUGAUCAGAAGCACUUUGGCUUGGAGGGUGGGGUGGAAAGCUCUGCUUCCCUGGGGGCACGUGUGCUUUGGGUAUGUGGCCAGGCAGGGCCCCCCGGCCUGUGAAGGGGGAAAGCAGCAAGGUCUCUCCCCCCUGCAGUGCAGGGCCCAGGGCUACAGGACUGAGCAGAUGGGACAGCACUUCCCGGGGUUGGGGGACCUGCAUCACCUGGGCUGGGCACAGCCCCUCAAAAGUUGAAGCUUUCAGCUUUCCACAGGCUCCAUCAGUGGGGAAAGGAAGGAGCUGGGCCUGCGCUUUGGUUGCAGGAGUUGCCGAUUUCAGUAUUAGCUUGCCGCAUGACCACAGGCGUUUCCCCACUGGUCUGCAGGAUCCAGGUCUUGGUGGGGUCUCAUGGAAUUUCACUGCUACUGCUCCAAUGUUGUAGUUCCAACCCAGUGAUGAUGGGGGCUGGUGCGGCCUCAUUUAUGCAAGCUGGGGUGGGAUGCAUGGGGACCUACUUCCUAUUCCCUGCUUAGAGCCCUACAUGCGAUCUCUGUGCCCAAGUCCCAAUCCCACUUUCCCCAUAGUUCCAAGUCCCUUUAUGUCUGAAAUAACCAAACCUCUGUUGAACCUCUGAAUAAAUGUGCAUGUGAGGGGAGAGGCAGGAGCAUCCCUGCAGCCCAGGGGACCUCACUCUGCAAGUGCUGACGCUGUGGUGGGGAACAUGGGACCUUCCAGGCAUUGCUGGACUGCAACUCCUACGAGCCCCAGCCAGCAUAGCCGGAGGCAGGAGAUUAUGGGAGCUGCCGUCCAACAGUUGGAGGGUCCCAUGUUCCCUUGUGCCGGUGCUGAUGCCUUCCUGCACAGACGGCAUUCAGGUUGCUGUCCUGUUGCACUGAAAGCACACGGCCCAGAAGCCCUUGCAGCAGGCCGCCUGACCUAGGCGCGGCUGGCACAGUUGUUCCCUAAGCCUGAGCAUGACCAGAGGGAUGUUCAGCUGCGGGACUGGCAGCAGGACUCCCAAGAUCUUCAGCCACAGAUGGAAAUGUUCUGGGCACUCUCUGGCUGAGUUCUGUGAAAAGGGUGGUGGUGGAGGGUGGGUCAGAGGUGUAAAGCUAGGAGCUGGCCGCGUCUUUCACGGGGUGGUACUUUUGGAAGAGACCAGAAGUGCAUUGCGCCGGACCCUCAGCCUCGGCUUGCCCUCACAGGUGACAUGCCUCACACAUGCAUGCACGCUCUCUCACAGACCUGCAGCUUCUCCCACUCCAAGCAAACUAGAUCUCUGGUCAGGCCCCCACUCUUACCUUCCCAGUGUGCAAUUGGGGACCAUGCUGCCCUCCCAAAGUUGCCCUCCUCCCCAACACCCCCUCUGGAAUCUGUCAGUAUUUCUGCUUUCCCCUGCCUGUGCUCAUGGGUCACACACUGGCUCCAGACCCUGCCUGCAGCGUGGGGGACGAAGGGCACAGGAGGGGCUGUGCCCUGUGCUGUGGUUGUCCCUCCCUGCCCGUUUCCAGUUAAUGCCCCUCAGACUCCUGCAACUGAAGGAUUCCUACUCCCUGACUCCUCCAGUACAGCAUUCUGGAGCUGCUGGUGAAUAGACAGCUCAUACCUCAAACCUCCUCCCCUCUUUCAGACCAAGAUGACUCUGCUAGGUGCUGGGCCUGCCUGAGGCACUGGCCAUGCCAGGUGGCUGUGCCAUGCGAUCCAAGAGGUGCCCUCCCUGCCCCAGUAUUUCCUUGUGGCAUCGCUGAGGGCAGUGGGGUGCAACUCUUCGAUCCCACCUGCUUGGCUUGCACCGGUAAGAUAUUGGUUGCUCCGGCAGUCAGCCUGGCCCCAUGUGAGAGACUAGCUCUUCCCACAGAGGCACGGUGGGUGGGGGGGAUUCUAAGUGGCCACUUGCGGGGUGCUUAAUGACAUUUCCACAAACAUCCCGUUCCAAAAUCCCACUUUUUUCUGCUGGAUAAAUCUACUCAGGAACAAACCACAACAAGCUCAUGCUACUAAUUAGAUUAUUGUGAAGACGAGAUGAUGUUUUAAAAGUUAAUAUAUAUGAAGAGGCAAGGGGCCCAGAAGGAGCUCCUUUUUGUGCGCAUGGGGCCAGGGGGGCGCCCUGUGCUCGGCACCUCCUGGCCCUUAGUGUUGGUGGAGAUGUUGGUUUGUUGCACAGCUCCACUUCGGAGCCAGCUAGUCGGUUAGUUUAAAGUUUUUGGUUUUAUUCCUUUGUUUUCCUGUAUUAAAAAGAAUCCUGUAAUUUUGUAAUUUUUUUCUAUUUAUUGAAUCAUUUAUUGUAUUAUUUUGUAAAAGGUUUAACAUAAACCACAACGUUUGUUCUUUUGGCUUCUC